AUGGACCUCGAAAGGUUGAAGCACCAGAUGAAAAAGAACUGCAUCAAAUUCUACAGCAUUUUAGAAAACCUAGUGAACAGAGUAGGUCUGACCAGCAGCAAAUAUGACAUAUGGAAAGAAUUUUUAGGUCGCGUAAAAAAUGCUGAGGAAAAGUUUGACUACUCUUCCCCAGUGGUUGAAAGUUUUAAUUAUAUUUUUGGAUCGCUAGUUGAAGAGAAUAUUUUAAAAAAUUUUAAUAAGUACAAAAAGUUUCCAGGAAAUAGCAAUGAAGUUGAAGACAUAAUGAAAUUAUUUUAUUUUUCUAGUAACGCUGGGAAUAUACACGACUAUAUGGGAAAUCCUGAUAAUGAGCAUUAUGAGAGUUCUUGCAAAUUCAUUAAUGAGUGUCUGACGAUAUAUAAGAAGUACAAGGAUACUAAAUGCUCCCCUUCUUCUGCAAAUACGUUCAGUGGAAGUACCAUCUGUUUGGAACUGAACAAUUUCUUUGAUAAAUAUGUGAAUCAUGUGUACCCCGAAUUGAGGAGAGUAAACCAUUUGAAGUUGGAUGCGAAAUACCCUACCGCUUUGCUUACUUGUCCUUCGAAGGUCGCUCAUCAUGGGGGCAAUCCUUUCUGGUCUUUUUUAGGAAACUACUCCCAGUUGUCCCUUACUGGUAAGGGAUUCACCGCCCUGGGAUCCUCCAUGAACCCUAAAGUGAGGCAAACGAGAAGAAUAUGGAGAAACAUGGAUCACCGUUAUGCAAGCAGCACAACACUGGGAGACGACGAUGAAGAAAGCAACGAUUCGACUGAGUACUUCCCGAGCAGAAGCUACAUGGAGUAUUUUCCCCCCCAAGAAAAUGUCCACUUCCAUCGCUGA